CGAGUACAGCAACCGAUUUCUAGGACAUCGUACGCUUAUCAGGAUCCCCGUCGUAGGAGACUCGGAGUCAAGGGACCUCGUCAACCGAUGCACACUCCUGGGCUGCUCGUUCCUCAAACUUCUCAGCGCUCACCGCGCUAGUGCUGGUCGAGAGGGACUUAAGGAAGGUCGAUGCUGGGUUCGUCGGUGCGGUUUUGGGGGGCAGUUAGCUGGGAAUUAGGCUGCAGGGGUGGAUUAGGAGCAGGAGGAGAGGAUUAUAGGCCAGGGCGCAGCAAUGAGCGAGAGGCAGGGGGAAAUGGAACGGGGUGCCCCCGUCGUCGAUCGCGGCCGAGGUUGCCAAGAUCACCUCCUCCCCGAGUAGACUUGUCUUCGACGCCACCGGGGACGCAGAGGUGCAGAAGCCGGGAAUCGACCUGGCGAAAUGUUCGUGGCGCUGAUUUGACCCAAUGAAGGCCUUCGCGCUGCCGCGACGGGAAAGCACAUCUCCCGCGUCUUCAGCAGCUACAGUAUCUCCGACGCAGAGGAGCUUGUCGGUAACUUGGUCGAGCGUCUGCCUGCUUGCCUUGCUGAUGGAUCUAUCAAAGUUCCAAACGGGAUCGCAUCCGUGUGCCUUCUGGUGGUUCGGCAGGUAUCCAAGGCGGCGUGGAGUUGCUACAGCAGGGAAAUGUUAGAGGAACGAAGCUGGUCUCACGGCCGCAAGAAAUUGCUUAGAUUACAAGACUAAUGUCAUUGUCGCGAAAUACGGUUGAUAUGAUUUACAUGCAUCGGGUCCAUAUACACAUUGCAUGUGGC